AUGGCGGCCAACGACUACUACAACACCAAUCCCACCGCCCACGCCAAUCCCUACCACGACUACGAUUACCCAGACCGACACGAUGCGCCGUUGCCGCCUCCGCCUUCACGGUCUCCCUUUGACGACGGGACACACCCAUAUUCUCAUCAGACACCCGCGCAGUCAUAUUCAGGAGCCAACGGCCGAUUGCAUGACGAUGCGGACCCAUUCGAUGAUGGAAAUGCCAUUCCUUUGAACGGCCGUAAACCGAAGCACGACUCCACGCAUACAGUAUCUCCAAUUCUCCCACACGAACAGGACGACCCUUUCGUACGAGAUGCGGAUCCAAGAAGAAAGAGAAGGCGGCCAGUAGGCAAGGACGGCUGGUUCAAGGGGAAGAUCACAUGGGUUGUAUACGUUUUGACGGUUGCACAAGUCGUGGUCUUCAUAGCCGAGAUCAUCAAAAACGGGGUACUUACGAAAUCCCCCAUCGAGAUCAAGCCUUCGUUUAACCCCAUGAUUGGACCUUCGCCUUAUGUCCUCAUCAACAUGGGCGCAAGAUACCAACCAUGCAUGCACACUAUGCCUGGUGUACAGAACAGCAGCGUACAAAUUUCAUGGCCCUGUCCAAACGCUACCGCAACUACAGGAGACAGUGUCACAUGCCAGCUUUCAGAUCUAUGUGGGUUUAGCGCAGAUCGCAACCCUCGCGUCAACGGCAGCAUCGACGACAAGCCAGCACCGGACCAGUGGUGGAGAUUCAUCGUUCCCAUCUUUUUACAUGCUGGAAUCAUCCACAUCGGCUUCAACAUGCUCUUACAGCUCACUCUUGCCCGCGACGUGGAGAAGAUGAUCGGCAGCAUUCGCUUUGCCAUUCUCUACUUUGCGGCAGGUAUUUUUGGAUUCGUCCUUGGAGGCAACUUCGCCGCGACGGGUAUUGCCUCGACCGGCUGCUCUAGUAGUCUCUUCGGUAUCCUGGCCAUCACCUUGCUCGACUUGCUAUACAACUGGAAAGAACGGCCAAGCCCCAUACGAGAUCUGUGCUUUAUUAUUCUGGACGUCUGCAUUGCUUUUGUGCUCGGUCUUCUACCUGGCCUGGACAACUUCUCUCACAUCGGCGGCUUCCUAAUGGGUCUCGUCCUGGGUGUCUGUCUCCUGCGCUCACCGAGUGCGAUUGGCAGACGCACGUCACAGACGUACCCAGCGGAGUACUCUCACAUCUCCCGCCAGGAAGAUCGCAAUGAGGGCAUCAAGAGCUUCGUGAAGAACCCGCUUGGCUUCUUCAAAGAGCGACGUCCAGUCUGGUGGGCCUGGUGGCUGGUGAGAGCGGCAGCAUUGAUUGCUGUCUUGAUCGGAUUCAUCCUCCUCCUGAAGAACUUCUACGAAUGGAGAACCGGCUGUCACUGGUGCAAGUACCUGUCAUGCCUACCGAUCAAGGUCGGUGGGACGGACUGGUGCAAUGUUGGUAAUCUCAACUUCCAGCCUACGAACGGGACAUCCUCCAAACGCGACUUACUGGAACUGACCAAGAUGGUCUUCGAUUCGAAGCUUCUGUAA